AUGGAGAGCAUUACCUCUGAAACUUUGAGCCAGAUGUUGAAAUCGGCUCCUUCCGAUCAUUCAGCUGAAAAGAAGAAUGGACAUGGCAAAAAGAAACAACAAGCAAAGAAACAAGAGAAUGGAUCGUCAUCCAAAAAGCAAUCGAGAGAGGAAAAAUCAACACAAAAGAAGUCAUUUAAAAGCGAUAGAAAGGACAAGAGAUCGGAUCAAAACAAGUCCAACAAGAAAAACAAAAAUCCAGCUCCUGAAGAUCUUGUUUUUUCAAUUACUGUUCCUAAAGGCAACAAUAGAAACAAUACCUCAUCAAAGAGCAACGAUAGAACCUCAUUCAAUUACAAACAAAACAAAAUACAGAAAAAUGCAAAGAAAACUUCAAAAUCAACAAGAAAUUAUUCUUCGGACGAGGAUGCUGAUAAAAAGCGAUCUUCAAAGAGAGAAUCUGACAAUUCAAAUGAAAUAUUGAAUGUUGUGAGACAAGCAGUACAGGAAGCAUUGUCACAACAGAAACAGCAACAGGCUUCACAAAAUACUCCAGCGUACACUGCUCUCUCAAUACCUAUUACUGGAAAUCCUAAUGGAUAUCUUCCUGCAUAUGCAGGAAACAAUCCAAUAACCUUAGUAUUACCACAACAGCCUCAAGCAUCAUCCCAACAAGUGUAUACCGAGAAACCUGAAAGAAGUUCCAAGUCAUCCUCUACUAAGAGAAGAUCUGACCGUGACAACAGCGACAGAGAUGAUUAUUCUAGCGAUGACAACGCCCGCAGAAGAGAAAGAGGCAACGGCAGAAAUGGAAGUGCCAAUGGAAAGAGCCGAUUCAACAAGACUCCAUACAGCAGAGACAAUGACAGAAAUGUUGGCAAUAGAAGUCGUCAACAAAGCAAUAAGAAUUCUAAAUUCGAUGAUCUUAUCAUCAGUACUGACAGAGGAGAACGGGUGGUGAAAAAGUCAAACACUAAUAGACGUAGAUAA